CUGUGUUCCUGGAUGCUCACCCGGCGAGUGUGGACAGUGGGCGGGUGUUCCUGGAUGCUCACCCGGCGAGUGUGGAGAAUGGGUGGCGGUUCUUGGAUGCUGACCCGGCGAGAGUGGGUAACGGGUGGCGGUUCUUGGAUGCUGACCCGGCGAGAGUGGGUAACGGGUGGCGGUUCUUGGGUGCUGACCGGGCUAGAGUGGAGAAUGGGUGGAGGGUCUUGGGCACUUAGCCUGGAGGUGUUGGGCAAAGGGUCUGAAGUCUCAUCUUGAGUGUCACUUUCGGGAUCUUCUGUAAGGACAUCUGCCUGCUUGCUCUGUUGGCCAGAUUGGGACUUGUGGGACAUGUGGUGGUAGAGGGCCAAGCCAGUCCCUAGAUGCACUCAACAGUCUGCCAACUGCCUCCGACCUUCUUUCCCGGCACCUCGGUGGCCACCGGAAGUCUGCUGGCCUCUCUCUGGGGUUCAGGCUCUGUCCCUUGGCCUUUUGAUCUCUCUGUCCUUUCUUCAGUGUUUCUUGGUCUCUCCUACUGUCCUCAGGCAGGCCUCAGGGCUCCCGGCUGGCCCGAAGCUGGGGUUGUGGGGAGGUUCCGUGACAGUUGGAGAGGUUCCAGGAAGUUGGGACAUUGGCCAUGGAUACACCCUGCACAGUGGACCUGUCGGACCCAAACUACUCCUGGGAGGAGGACAGAAAGUACAUCCUGCGGGGAUGGGCCCUGGUCUUCAGCACCCUCACGACCCUGAUGGUGCUCAGCGCGGUGGAUGGGCGGAUGGCCUACCUGGAGGGCUCCUACUCUGGCUACAUGGGCUUCUGGAUCAACUGCAAGAAGUACAAAUGCUCCAACGUGGGCCAAGUCACUGUUCUCAUCCACAUGAGCAUGGGCUUCAUGAUGCUGGCCUUGACCAUUUGUCUCAUCCUGGUCACCACCAUGGCCCUCUCCUUCUGGCCCGUCUUCCGCCGCCUGAACAAGACCGACCUUGUCUUCAGUUUACUCAGCUUCAGCAUUGGGUUCCUGGUUAUCCUCAGCAUGACGCUCUUUGUAGCCAACUGCCAGGCCCUGAGACCAAAGCCACGUAUUUCGUACCUGUUUACCUCCUACCUAUGCUGGGGAAGCGGCGCCUUGAUACUGUGGACAGGAGUCCUGAACUACUUAAACUACGCGGGCAUGUGGAGCCAGGCGUCGUUCAGCUGGGACCGGCGGGUGAGCUACUGGCGGUGGGCCUCGCGGCUCAGUUCUGUGAGGAACAUGUCCAGACAGUCAGACUCAGACCGCAAGUCCAGUUCGCUCCCGGGCCAGGGGAUCCCCGCCAAGCCUCCCUAAGCCAUGGUUGCUCAGGACACGGACGGGUACCUGGGCCCGGGGGCGGGGAUCAGACCCGCCUCCCUAAGAACAUGCCUCGCCCUCCGAGGGCUGCUGACAAAGCCGGGACCCUCCAGCUUGGGCCCACCCUUUGCGGCUCUGUUCCCGUCCAGAGUCCUCCCCUGGUCCCCAUCCCAGAAGUCAGACACUGCCCCCUUCCGCUCUGCACGCAGCUCCUGCCACGGGGCCAGUGGGUGUGGAUCUGCCCCCAUCCUAGCGUGGCCCCGCCCCAAUCCCAGACAGGCCACGCCCAGAUCCUACCUAGGCCGCGCCCCAUCCCAGAUAGGCCACACCCCAAUCCCAGAUAGGCCACGCCCAGAUCGUAACUAGGCCCGCCCCCACCCCAGACAGGCCACACCCCAUAUCCUAGCUAGGCCCCGCCCCGAUCCCAGAUAGGCCACGCCCCCGUCAUUGCUAGGCCAUACCCCAAAGCCACCCUUCAUCCUCGGAACUCCUCCCCCUCCGAGGGCCAGCCCCGCCCCUGGAUGCCUCAUCUUGCCCCUGGGCGGACACGACCCCCACCCAGCUUUUGCUGUCGCCCCUCCCCAGGAAGGCAUGGCUUGCCGCAGCGUCCCUCGCCCACCUUCCUGGCUUCUGCGCCACAAUAAAAUGUGGGCACU